AUGCCACAACACGUCACGGUGGGCAUCGUCGGCGGUGGCGUCGCCGGCCUAGCCCUAGCAAAGAUGCUCGAGAUGCUCGGCAUAUCCUACAUCCUCUACGAAGGCUAUCACACAAUCGCCCCAAAUGCCGAUGCCAGUCUCGGUCUUAUGCCUAGUGGUCUUCGCAUCUUCGACCAGCUCGGCGUGCUUGAUAAGAUCGAGGCGUUCUCCGUCGACCAUGACCGGUGGGAACAUCGCGAUUGGGAGUCUGGAAGGCUUUAUAGAAGGACGUCUGUUAUGAGGAAUUAUCCUGCUUUGUAUUUCACCCUAUCCAGCCCUCGAAGACAAGACGCACGUCUACGCAUCCAAGCGCGUCACCUCAGUCCGGGACGUAUCUCGGAUAUCUUUGCGCGGAGGGAAGUUGCUGUUAUGACGGCUUUGGAAGAGGGCGUUGGAGAGUAUUGGUUCUGUGGGAGGUUAUUCCUACUUGGCGACUCCGCUCAUAAGAUGGUCCCUCAUGCCGCAAUGGGCGCCAACCAGGCGAUGGAGUCUGCUGCGUGUUUCGUGAAUAUUCUCCGCCGCGUAAAUCCCAGUCUAGGCAAGGAGUAUUGCUCCAACCUCAGGGCCUCGGAAGCUGAGAAGUGUCUGUCGAGCUACGCUGCAAAACGCAAGAAUACACUCAAGGCUGUAGUGCAGGCGGCAACCGCGUCGCGUAACAACCAGCUUAUGGCCGGCUCGGCGGCAGAGGAUUUCCUGCAUACGCUCCCUGAUAUCCGGGAAGAGGAUAUCCUUUUGAAGCCCCUUCGGAGUCUUAUUCGUGCCGAGAGACUGGAGGAUUGGAUGUGUGGUUCGGAGCGGGUGGAGAAGUAUACAGAGGCGUCGGGGAAGGCCUUGGCUAUCUUAAACAGUGGAGGUAGUCUUGCUGAAUGUGGGCUAUAUGUGCAUCUGACAAAUAGUAUUCGGGAAGGACCGCGCGUAGAAAAAGAGCAGCCCUCCCCGAGGAUUUCGUUUUGUUUCUCUAACCUUUACCAACCCUCCCCAAACAUGAACCAUUUCUUCUACUCUAUUGUCAACCUCUUCCCACUCGCUCUCCCAAAUCCUGCAGAGGCCGCCCUCCCUUCCUCCACGGCGAACCAAGUUCGCAGAGACAACCCAACUCCUGAGGAGGCCGACCCCCACUCCUCCAUGACUACUCUCUCUCUUCUCCUACGCUGUCCUCAUCGGCGAAAGGAGUUGAAUGUUUACUCAGACGCCGGCUCUGCGCUGUCUUACAAAUUCAUGAUAAUGACCAGCUGCUCGUAUACGGAUCCCACAUUCAGGCAGGUAACUGAAUUCCACCGCAACCCAGGAACAAAACCAAAUCGUCUGUACCAGUCAGUUCCCAGAGAUACACGACAACGAUCGAUGUCCGCGGCCUCGCAUCCCAGCACAAUGGCGGAUUCGACGGCGUGUCUAGAAAGCCUAGGGUCGAACAACGAUUAUCUCAACCAACUAAGGGAGCGGCCAAAUGACGACGAAAUCGCCGAUGAAAGGCUACUACUCUUUCGUCGUACCCUCACAAUCAACACAACGAGUCGACAUUGUGGUUGGAGCAGCGAACGGCUUGCCUUCAAGAUCCAACACCAACUCUCCGAAAUGGCGACUCGCACCGAGGCCAUGGUGCCGUUGGGAAAGAGACGGCUACUUAUAGCGCAGGACGAAACCCAGAUAUUCCCGGUAGCGGCCGGCUACGACGACAGCUAUGUUGACUACCUGAGCGGACACCCGACUAAUCCAUCUUUCAUGACAAUGCAACAGUACGGGCCGUUCAGGACAAACCUUUCCGACCACAUGGAAACGCUGGCACAAUACGCCGUGGGGUUCAUUCUCCAGAUCAGCGAGACCGUCCUGGAUGAGCUGCUGCCCACACCGCAGCAAAAGGAUAUCGGAGCAUCGAACACGAAAAUGACCAUCUCACUGCGGCAACGGGAUAAGUAA